AAGAGCGCUGCGAGCACAUCCCACUGAUAGCCAAGCAGCACUAAUAAACCAGAGGCGCUGACACUCCGCCACACGAUGGGACCUUCCCAACUCGCCGGGCUGCGUCUGGAUGCGUUCACUCACGAUUUGGGCUCCCGAACCGGACUUAUCCUCCCAGCUCCGCGCGCCUGAGGACACUUGCCGCAGGGAACCUUUGCGGUUAGUUAUUAAUGGAUGGUGGUUUGAGCGCUGAGGAGUUUCCACUGCGACCCUAGAAGAGCGAGUAGUGUCACUGCGCACUUUCAGGACAAUGUAUGGGAUCAACCGGCGCUGCUUGUACAUAUCCUUUCACCUCUUCGUGGUGUGGUGUCACGCACAGGGGGAGAAUCCCCCUUCUCCUAAUUUUAAGCAGCAUGUGAGGCAGCAGGGGGCGCAGUCGGACGGGCUCAGCCGGCGCCAGCUCCGGGUCUACCAGCUCUACAGCCGCACCAGCGGGCGACACGUCCAGAUCCAGGGGAAGAGAGUGACCGCCACGGCCGAGGACGGCAGCGCUUACGCCAGGCUGUAUGUGGAGACGGACACGUUCGGCAGUCGAGUUCGGAUCAAAGGAGCCGAGAGCGGCCGAUAUCUGUGUAUGAACCGCAGAGGGAAACUGGUGGGCAAGGUCAGCGGAAAGGGCAGGGACUGCAUCUUCACAGAGAUUGUCCUGGAGAACAACUACACAGCUUUCCAGAAUGCCAAAUAUGAGGGCUGGUAUGUGGCUUUCACCAGGAAAGGAAGGCCCGUCAAAGCCUCCAAAACGAAGCAGAACCAGAGAGAGGUCCACUUCAUCAAGCGGCUGCACAAAGGGCCGCUUCCCUUCCCCAACUCGGACCAGCCCAAACACUUCGAGUUCAUCAGCUUUCCUCCAAUACGGCGAGCCAAGCGCAACAGGAAACCGCACGCAGCUUCCUAACGCUGGGCAACACAAACCUACAGGACUGGUUUUAUAACUAAUAACAAGAAAGAAGAGGCAGCUUUAUUUUUUAUAUUUUCAUAGUUAACGGACACAAAAAUGCUCAAAAAAAAACUGAAUGGACACUCGGUAUGAAGGGGUGACUAAGGUGUAAAUAUGGUAAGAUAGUAAAAGAAGAUGUAUAUUUAAUAAGCUCAGAAUUUUCCGUGUGUGUUGUGUGAGCGCCUUGUGAAGAGGUGAAGAGAGGCUGAAUUGUAACAUAUUCAGUAAUAAACAAGUUAUUUAAAAAUCUA